AUGAUUAUUUCACCGGACAGUAGCGUGCCUGAGUCCACCACUCAUUUUACGGAUUUCAACAAUGGCUCUACUGGCCACCGGGAACCGGCUCUCAAUUUAGAAUUCGACGGCACCACCGUACUAUGCAGAGUGUGCGGAGACAAAGCUUCCGGUUUCCAUUAUGGGGUGCACUCUUGCGAGGGAUGCAAGGGUUUCUUCAGGCGUAGCAUCCAGCAAAAGAUACAGUACAGACCGUGCACGAAGAAUCAGCAAUGUUCCAUUCUGAGGAUCAACAGGAACAGGUGUCAGUACUGUAGGCUGAAGAAAUGUAUUGCUGUGGGAAUGAGCAGAGAUGCUGUCAGAUUCGGUCGCGUGCCCAAACGGGAAAAGGCCAGGAUCCUCGCCGCCAUGCAGCAGAGCUCCAACUCGCGUUCCCUGGAGAAGGCGGUCGCCGCCGAGUUGGAGGACGACCAGAGACUGUUGGAGACGGUGGUUAGGGCGCACAUCGACACCUGCGAUUUCACCAGGGACAAGGUGGAGCCGAUGCUGCAGCGCGCCAGGGAGCGGCCCUCCUACACCGCCUGUCCGCCUACUUUGGCCUGCCCUCUGAACCCGAACCCACAGCCUCUAACCGGCCAACAAGAACUCCUCCAGGACUUCUCCAAGAGAUUCUCCCCCGCCAUCCGCGGCGUGGUGGAAUUCGCCAAACGAAUCCCGGGUUUCUCCCUACUAGCCCAGGACGAUCAAGUCACCCUCUUAAAAGCCGGCGUCUUCGAAGUGCUCCUAGUGCGUCUGGCGUGUAUGUUCGACUCCCAAACCGCGAGCAUGAUCUGCCUGAACGGGCAAGUGUUGAAACGCGACUCUAUCCACAACAGCUCCAAUGCCCGCUUCCUCAUGGACAGCAUGUUCGACUUCGCGGAAAGAAUGAACGCCCUCAGACUCUCCGACGCUGAGAUCGGCCUCUUCUGCUCGGUAGUUGUCAUUGCCGCCGACAGACCAGGCUUGAGGAACACCGAGCUCAUCGAGAAGAUGCACCACAAGUUGAAGACCUCGCUCCAAAUGGUGGUCAGCCAAAAUCACCUCGGCCAGCCUCAUGUGAUGGAGGAGCUGAUGAAGAAGAUACCCGAUCUCCGCACGCUGAAUACGCUGCACUCAGAGAAGCUUCUCGCUUUCAAGAUGACCGAGCAGCAGCAGCUGAUGCAGCAGCAACAGCAACACCACUUGUGGAGUGCUCCCAUGGAGGAGGAGAGCGACAGCAAGAGCCCGGCUGCCUCUUGGUCUUCCUCCUCUGACGUCACGAUGGACGAGGCUAAAUCGCCGCUUGGUUCCGUUUCCAGCACCGAAUCCAUGUGCUCCUCGGAGAUACACGAUUACCACCACCACCACCACCAUCACCAUCCGAUGCAUGUUAGCUCGAACGUUGCUAACGCUCCCUUGCUAGCCGCUACGUUAGCCGGCGGCGUUUGUCCUCACAGACACCGCGCUAAUUCCGGGUCCACUUCUUCCGGGGAUGACGAGCUAGCGGCUACUUCGCACCUUAUUCCUAACGGGCUGACUAUUACCCCUGUGAACAGACCGCCAAGGUUCCGCAAGUUGGAUUCCCCUAGCGAUUCUGGUAUCGAGUCUGGCACGGAGAAAGUCGAGAAGCCUACUUCGGUUUGUUCGAGCCCGCGAUCGUCUUUCACUGAAGAACACCACCACCACCACCACACGGUUGAGGAUAUGCCGGUUUUGAAGCGGGUGUUGCAAGCACCGCCUCUGUAUGACACCAAUUCCUUGAUGGACGAAGCUUACAAGCCACACAAAAAGUUCCGGGCACUAAGAAACAAUAAAGACUCCGCCGAAGCAGAACCAGCUACGCUGUCUACCUUGUCUAGCUCGCAUUCUAUGUUGGCCAAAUCGUUGAUGGAAGGUCCUAGGAUGACAGCUGAGCAAAUGAAGCGGACGGACAUCAUCCACAAUUAUAUAAUGCGCGGAGAGGCGUCGCCUAUGGUCACCGCCACGCCUACAGCCACGCUUACGGCCACGCCUCCACCGCGUUGGGCCACUAGCGUCAUCACUACGACGGCUCGCCACACCCAGCUGCACUCCUGCUCGCCCACACAUGCGCAGCAGGACUACAGUAGACUGUGUUUGCCGGCGCAGUCGCCGCAUUCGACCUCGCCUGCGCCUUCUUCGCAGGGGUGCAGAUCUCCGCGCACGCGCAGUCCGACGUCUUCGUUGGUGGAGCUGCAGGUGGAAGUCGGGGAUGCGCAGCAGCCGCUGAAUUUGUCCAAGAAGUCGCCGUCGCCAUCUCCGAGACCGAUGAAUGUGGUCACGUUGGAGGUGUAAAGGGGGCGCGGCGAGGCGAGGCGAGGCUGCCUUUCGUGAGAUUAGUACAAAGUGGAGUGCGCGCGUGUGCGGUUGACGUUGACGUGCGGUUUGGCUGUUUCUGUAGCUUUCUCUCUCCUGCCGGGUGACACAUGAGGGGAACUCAUGGUGGAAUUUAGUAUUGUUGGUAUGUUGUCACUGUUCAUGCAAUUCAAAGGGUUUCAUUGGUUGAAGUUAUAUUUCGGAGGCUCUAAACGAAGGUGUUCAUAUUGGAGAAUUAUGUUCAAAUGCGAAGUUUUCAAGAAAGUCGUGAUUCACCCGUGUGAUGUCAUGUUUAUUGAAGUAGGCGAAAUCGAAACAAGCGAUGAUGAGGAUGUCUCACUACCUAUGAUCAAUUAUUGUUCCAAAUGAAUAGUGAUAUACCUCUUGCAGUGAAUUGGUCAGCCUAGUACUAUUGAAAUAGAAUUUUAUGCAACGAUCAUGUAAUGACAGAAGUUACAUACGAUACGAGCCGAAGGCGAGUGUCGUAAACCGUGUCUGAGUGUGUUGAUAGUCAUUAAAAAAUUCCAUUUGUGACUAUUUAUCUUUUGAGAUAUUCCAUUACUUUUGACGCGUUGUGAAAAUGUCAAACAACUCAAGCAAGUGAUAUUCGCGAUAGAAAAUAAUACGUCGCCCUACCUGACGGCAAAAUCUUGAACAUUUCUGAGCGGUUUGUUUGGAUAAUGUGCCCAAUGAGCACAAACAAAAAACAAAUGUGAACCAAUGAAAACAAAGUAAACAGGCCGUUUUGACAGCUUUA